GGGAGGCGGCAGUCUUCACCAAGCUCCCACAGUGAACGAUCCUGCCAGUGUAUGUGGUGGCACAUUCACAUACACACUCACUCGUGCACAUCAAAUAAGUUUGUUAUCGAGGACAGACGUUGGCUGCGAGUGGCGUGCACGACGUGGCGCAGUGUUUUGACGUUGACUGGAGUGAGUGACUUUAGUUGUGAUUGAGGUGUUAUAUCGAAGCAGUGUGAAACUUGCCAAUCGACCGUCGACUCGAAACGACUAGCGGACGAGCUGUGGCCUGUGCGUGCGGCGUGAGUGAUGUGACAGCGGCCGCGGGUCGGCAGCGUGGAAACAGCGUCGGGCGCAAGGCAGCCUCGAAGCCGCGCCGGGAGAGCCGCGUCGACUGGUAGCGUGGCGCGCCUGGCAUGUAUGGUGGCCUAGUGCCCGUCUCAGGCUCAAGUGGGUGUGCGUCGCGUGGGGGGCGUGAGGUAGUGGGUGUGGGCGGCGGGUGGCCGGGGUGCGGGACGAGUAUGGGGCGGGCGGGCCGUGAUGGUGUCGUGGCGAGUGUGCGGAUGGUGUAGCGGGGGCCGCGGGCGCCGUCAGCAGUACCGCUACGAGGUGGUGUAUCGCCGAGACGACAGCCUGUACUCCGGGCCGGACUACCUCGAGUCUCUCCCUGGGGGCCGCGCCUCACUCAGCCCCGCCCCGCGCCACCCUCAUCACGCCCACUACCACCUGCACCACGCCCACCCCCAGCCGCGCCACUACCCGCCCCCGCGGAGACAACGCCCGUCCCCGCCCAGACUCCACCCGGUGCCCGCAGACGCCUUCGCCAGGCAGAAUCGCGUCAACCACAUUCUGACGGCUUUCAACCACCGACAGCCGCCGCGCCGCCCGCACUCCGCCUACCGCGGCCCCUGGCUCUCGUCAGGAGACCUAGGCGCUCCGGUCGCGCCGAGGACGGGCGUCUUACCGCAGUGGCGGUCGGCGCCCCUGCUGCCGCCCAACUACCGCGACCCGAGCGUGUCCUCGCGAGACCUCAGCAGGGACACCUCCAGGGACAUCAGCCUGGCCUCGAGCAGCGCGCACAGCACCAAACCACUGCUGCCUCACCCUCACGCCCACCGACCGCCGCCGCUCAUCACCGCAGCAGUGACGCCCUCGCCCUCCAAGCCUCCGCACUCUCCCAGGACGCCCCUCUCCCCCGGGCCGCCGGGCUACUCCGAGGCCUUCACCUUCUCCCCGCUGCACCAGCUGGCCGCGGGUGAGUUCGGAGUAGCCUGCCUCCCCCCGGCCACAAGCCCCCCCCACCCGGCCUCGUCCAGGUCGAACAAGACGUGGUCCCUGACUCGUGAUCUGCGGCAGUACCUGAACACACGUUUCCAAAAGGGUAGCGUGGACCAUGAGCUGCAGAACACCAUCCGCGACAACGUGUACCUGCGCACCGUUCCAGUGACCACCCGGUCUCCACGUCAGGGGGAGGUCAACGGAGUCGACUACACUUUUCUCUCGAAGGAAGAAUUUCGUGCUCUGCAGAGAUCCGGGAAUCUGCUGGAGUCUGGCGUCUUUGAGGGUAACCAUUACGGUACUCCAAAACCCCCAUCAUUACCUCCGGACCACCUGUCUCGGGGCCCAGCAGGUGCAGCAGUCUUACCUGGAGCUCAUCCAAGCUCAGAAGGUAAACGACGACGCAACCGCUCCAAUGUAGAAGCCAUGGCUGCCAACACCACCAGCACAGAGCCUCCACCUGACGCACCCAAGCAUCCUUAUCCGCCGGGAACACAUUACAGCCCUCCUGGCAUGCACCAGGGGAUGGUGGCAGAAGAGGGAGGCAUGCAGCUACAGCCUCCAGACUCUCCAACAUCAGGAGAACUUGGUCCACUUCCUUCCAACUGGGAAAAAGCGUAUACUGAAAAUGGGGAGCCAUAUUAUAUAGAUCAUGUGGCUGGAACGUCUUCCUGGUUGGAUCCAAGAUUAGCUCGUGUUCAAAAAAGAAAUGCAGAGGAAUGUGGGGAGGAUGAGUUGCCAUUUGGGUGGGAGAGAAUAGAUGAUCCUCAGUAUGGCACAUACUACAUUGACCAUGUAAACAGAAAAACGCAGUAUGAAAAUCCUGUUGUCAUGGCAAAGAAGCAGCCCAUAGAGCAAGGAGGUGGAAACAGUCCAGCAGAAGGUGGGAACAACACUUUCCCUCGCCAGAAGAAGACUGCAAAUGAGGGCAAUAGUGUAGGACCCCCAAACACAGCUGACGGCCCUCAGCCUCCACCUGGUAGUGGUCCUAAACGUGCAAACAGUGAGUGCGAUCUAAAGUCCUCCCACACAGGGCUCAUGCUGUACCUGCCCUGUUUACCGUGCUUGGCAUCAGAAGGCAAAGACUCUAAGCUGCAGGUGCAAGCGCAGCAAACGUAUAUUCGGGUUCACAACCGUAUGGACAAGAACUCCCUCCCUCGUCCUCGCUCUCUCUCUCCCAAUCACAAGCAUCCAGAUAGUUCUCAGAAACAUUCAAACUUAAAUCUUAGACAAAAUUUAACCAUUUCUGGCCCUAUGGAUCCUAUACAUUUAGCUAGUGGAACACCUCAUAAGGCAAACAAUCUCUCACAAAGUUCUCAGGUUUCAAAGCCAAACAACUUGGCCAUUUCUCCCAAUAAUUUCUACCCUCCUGACCAAAUCAGUUCAGCCAGUAAGCAAAGUAAUGCUAGUAGAAACCAAAAACCAACACUAAGUCAUGGAAUUCGGAAUCAAGAGGUGAAGAAUCCAACCUUCAAUCAAACCAUUGUCCCAAAUUUUGCCAAGCCCCACUUUCCCAACUACCAAAAUCUCGCUCCCAAAUCCCUUCGCCUCCGAAUACCUCAAGCCUCAUCGUCUCCCAAAGGACCAAUGCCAAUGUUCAGUAGUCCUUACAAUAGCCUCAGGUAUAACUAUAGCACAGGCUCCAGUCCUCUGCAGUACAGCCCGAGUCACAAUGUAAGAGGUAGCCCACCCCAAUUCCCUACCCCAGCACCUUACCCUCUCACUAGGUUCUUGUCAUCACCACUACCAAGCACCCAGGAUUUAUCAUAUCCGGUAAUUCAUCACCAAAGAUCAUACUCUAGCUAUUACCCAUACUCUGUCCUUACUCCCUCUGCCUCCCCCCUGUACCGUCCAUCGGAGGACCCUAUAGUAUCGGCAGUCAGCUUAAGAAGGAAAGACCAUUCAGGCCAAGGUAUAAUAUUCACCCGUAACCCAGCAGAGCUGCAGGGUGAAUUUAUCCGCACCAGCUUGGUAAAGUCAUCACGAGGGUUGGGCUUCACGAUCGUUGGUGGUGAUGACAAUGAAGAAGAGUUCCUGCAGAUCAAAAGUGUAGUCCCAAAUGGCCCAGCAUGGCAAGAUGGAAAACUGCGAACAGGAGAUGUUCUGGUCUAUGUGGGUGAUACCUGUGUUUUAGGUUAUACCCAUGCUGACGUUGUGAACAUGUUCCAAAACAUAGACCCAGGUCGCACUGUGUACCUAGAGGUCUGUAGAGGUUAUCCUUUGCCUUUUGAUCCCAAUGACCCAAAUACUGAAAUUGUAACCACUGUAGCAGUUACGACCGCUGAUGCACGAUCAUCGAAGUCUGGCUUUUGUGAAGGCUAUGAACGAUCGAGAAACAAUUCGAGCGAAAGUAUGAACACAGCGAAGUCAAUGCCAGACUUGAGUAAUCCUGAACGUGUUCAAGAAGUACCCCGACCAGGGAGUGCUGAUCUGCUUAGUUCUGAAAAUUUUGAUCACACACCUGAUAUUUUAGACUUUUAUCCAUCGGCCUUAAGCAAACCUGAAUAUCUGACUAUACCAAUUGUAAAAGGUACUAAUGGCUUUGGAUUUACCAUAGCGGACAGUGCAUAUGGACAAAAAGUGAAAAAGAUUCUAGAUCGUGUUAGGUGUAAAAACUUGAUUGAAGGUGAUAUUUUAGUUGACAUAAACAAUAUAAAUGUGAAAGGAAUGAGUCAUACAGAAGUGGUGCAAGUCUUGAAAGACUGUGCACAAGGGCAGGAGGCAGUUAUCAUGGUGCAAAGAGGUGGGCUUAACUCACCAACGAAGUCUCGAGGGAUUCGCAAAGAUCAAACUAGCCCUAAGAAAUCAGGGGUUGCCAGUGGGCUCUUCAGAAGUAAAACUCCAACUGCAGAUAUGUACAGUUCACAACCCAAGGAAGUGAUUCCAAAUAGACCUAAGACUCCCCUUGUAGAUACUCGAAAUCGGCCGAAGACUCCAAAUGUCAUGAGCAGUGUUGAUGUCAGUAACACAGUUGAUGGGAACAGACAGCUGGAAGGCAACAUGGAUUACCGACCACCCUAUACACCUACCUCAGUUCAUGCACCAUACCCAGGUGCAUUCUCUUAUACUGGGGGACAGGGAGACUCCCAGUAUGACUCUAAGGUCAACACCAUGUCUGCACAGAUGGGACAAGUCAGCCUGGAGCAGAACAACUAUGAAAAUUACAUUGGAGAAAUGAAUCGUAAUUCUGGCCAGGAUAGUCAGGGUGAUGGCCAGGUUCCCCAGCAGAAUAGUUACUAUUACCACAAUGAUUUAUAUACUCAGGAGGGGUACUACCAACAACAUGCUGACCAUUAUGAGUAUGAAAUGAAGAGAACAAAUGCCAAGACACCCACUAAGGAAUUCGUCAACCAGGGAUAUCCUCAUUAUUUACACUACAACAACAACCUUUCCAAUACAUCAAACCUUAUAAAUAAUAAUCAUAAUACUAGCAUGGAACAAAAUUCUGGCUAUGAUUAUAUGCAAUAUUCCAAAGAUGGCUACGAUCUACCCCGACAAGACUCUGGCUAUAGUUCACAGGCUCAGAUUCCUCCUGCCAGGAAUCCUUACCCACCUUUCCACGGCCAGAACAACUCGGCAGGUUAUAAUAACGCUGAUGGCUUCAACAACCAGGCUGACAGUUUAGGAAGAAGGAAAGAGUCCACUAGCUUUGAGUAUGAACAUCCAGCACCUGUUAGCAUGCCCAGAUUCCCUGAUGGGCGAUACAGUGUGAAUCCUCGUGGUCCUCCUGUUGGUUCUAAUGACAGUCUAGGAUACAUGGAGUUUACUGUAACACUCAAGAGACAAGAGACUGGCUUCGGUUUUAGAAUUGUAGGAGGGACUGAAGAGGGGUCUCAGGUAUCCAUUGGCCACAUUGUCCCUGGUGGAGCAGCUGACCAAGAUCGUAGCAUUUGCACUGGAGAUGAGAUUGUAGGUGUCGAUGGUGAAAUGGUGCUGGGAGCAAGUCAUCAUCGUGUUGUUCAGCUCAUGUCUGCCGCUGCCACACAUGGACGAGUCACUCUUACUUUAAGACGACGUACACAAAACCCCUCUGAACUUCAUAAUAGAUCGUUGGAAAUGCAGUUCCCAUAUGAUAUACAAGUCACAAGAAGAGAAAAUGAAGGCUUUGGCUUUGUGAUUAUAUCAUCAGUCACAAAGUCUGGUUCCACUAUAGGUCGCAUCAUAGAAGGAAGCCCAGCAGAGCGUUGUGGUCGCCUUCAUGUUGGAGAUCGCAUAUUAGCUGUCAAUGGGGUAGACAUCAAGACCCUGCACCAUGGCCAUAUUGUCAACCUGAUCAAGGAGUCGGGCUAUUCAGUCACACUUACCAUCGGGCCCCCCAGGGAUGACGCUUCGAGUACCACAUCCAACUCUCAGCGGAGUUCUCAGGGGUCCAUGAUACUGGCUCAGGCCACGCCAGUGUCGACCCCACAAGUCUCUGGUGCCCCGGCCCAGACCUCAACCCAGGCUGAGAGUGAUGCUGGCGAUGAUGGCGAGUAUUACAGCGUUGAGCUCCAGCGUGGAACCAGAGGAUUUGGCUUCAGCAUUCGUGGUGGCAGAGAAUUCCACAACAUGCCUCUGUUUGUGUUGAGGAUUGCAGAAAAUGGACCAGCAGCAGAAGAUGGAAAACUAAAGGUUGGCGAUCAGUUGAUGGAAAUCAACGGUAUGUCUACAAAGGAUAUGACACAUGCAGAUGCCAUUGAAUUGAUAAAACAAUGUGGAAACAGUGUCUCUCUAAUGGUGAAGCGUGGUGGGAAACUCCCUCAGCAUUUGGAUACCUUAAAUCCCAAUGCUUUGGGGUCACCUGUGGGUCCCCCACCCCCUGGGACCAACAUCCGCUCCACAGCAACUCUCCCCCAUCCCUCACCUGGCUCAUAUCCCUUACCACCAGGCCUUCCAGCUCCCCCAGGACCACCAGGACCCCCAUACUCCUCCCAUGGGGGGUAUCAUCCCCCUCCCAAUGCCACAAACAGCUAUCCACCAUCCUAUCUUCACAAUGGUGCUGUGCGCGGCCCACAGCCUCUACACUCUUCCCCGGCCACUCAGUAUCCUCCUCCUCUCACCCCAAAUGGACCACUCAGCCAAUCAUCACCCAGAGUUAUGGCUGCAGAAAAUUAUUACUGGAACCGUGUAUCUGACCACAGACCCAUAUGAGGAGCCUCUCUUCAAAGAAAGAACCAGAGAACGGUCUUGCAGUAAUAGUCAUGAAACUCAAAUGCACUGUAAGGUCGUGUGUUUGUGUCUCCCCCCUCCCCCUUCCCCCUUUUUUCAAGGUGUACUCAUUGGAACUGGACCAGGAAAAUAAUUACUAUUAUUUACCCUGGGUAUCAUGCAGUCUGCUCAGUGCCUCCAGUGCUCAUGUGGGACCAGAUAGUUUUCAAAAGGUGGCUGCAUGUCUCAUGAUUCUGAAAAGCAUUUCAGAUUGAAAUUGAAAUGAUGGCUGUUUUAUUGUGAUCUCUCUCUGUCUUCUGUUUCAUUACAGACUUUUUUUUUUCAAAUGUCUAGUGAAAGUUUUCUGAAAGAAAACUUUCAGAAUUAGGCAGAUUUUUUCUUUUUUAUAACUUUGUUAACAUUGAAACUUGAAGAUGCUUUUAAACUUCAACUACUUUAUUUAUUUGUUUUUAUUUUUUAUCAUAAUUGUUGUAGGUACAGGACAGUGACCAAAGUGGCCUUUUAUACAGUAGUUUGACCAGUGCUCAAUGCAUUUGUGUUUGUCAAUAUUUAUGAAGUUCAGCUUGUGUAGGUUUUUCAUAAGAAAACAGAUAUCUUGUUUAAAUAAUGGCUAUGCCAUGUUUUUAUGCAUGUGUACAUAAGUAGUAAAAUAGUUUAGUUUGGUUUACCUACAAGAAGUCUGUGAAGGGUUGAUAAAACAAUUUUGAACAAAUUUCAAAGGCAGUAUUAAAAGAUUGAUUAUAUGUUAAGUGAGAAGUAUAACUCUGUAAUUAAUCACUGGCUCACACACUGCCUUGGAUCAAAAGCCCACAAAUGCCUUAUAAUGAAUUGUAAGUAUUUGGACAGUUAUAAGAAUAUUGUAUGUAUUCUAAAGGAUUAUAUUAUUUUGAUUAUCAGGAAGGUCACAUAAUUACUUGUGAUAAUCCUGUGUAUUAUAUACCUUGUUAAUAAAUAUACAUGACAAGAUUU